CUCCCUUCCCCUCCUUUCUCUCUCUCCUCUCUCUCUCUCUCUACCCCCCUCUCUCUCUCCUUCAAGGGCACAGUGCCCCUCCAACCCCUCACCACCUGCCGCCGUUAUCUUCCCUGACGGCACCCUGACGGCGUCGGCCCCACACUAGCGGCGUUACCACAUGUCAAGCUCGACCCCCUUAGAGCGCUUGACCCUGGGCCCUCCGAGUAACGUCCAGAGUAACGGCCCGCCACCGUUACCGUUAGGGUUAGGGCACGGAGACGGCAGCGAGAGCCCCGAGAACAAGCCGCCCCGCCUCCCUCGAUGGACCAGGCAGGAAAUCCUGGUCCUUAUACAAGGGAAGCGAGUUGCCGAGUCUCGGGUCAGUAAGAAGCGAGGUCGAUUCGACCCGUCCGAUUCGGGAGAUGGCUCGGCCCCUGAGCCGAAAUGGGCCGCGAUUUCGGCUUACUGCAAGCGCCAUGGCGUCGAUCGAGGUCCGGUUCAAUGUCGAAAGCGAUGGAGCAAUUUGGCUGGCGAUUAUAAGAAGAUUAAGGAGUGGGACUCGGCUAACCCAGAACCCGAAUCGUUCUGGUCAAUGCGGAACGACUCGAGGAGAGAGAGGAAGCUCCCUGGUUUCUUUGAUAGAGAGGUUUUCGACGUUCUGGAGGGGCGGAGCCCUUCUUCUAAGCCCAUUUCUAGGGUUUCAGAAGAGGUUUCCAGGGUUUCAGAGGCCAGGGUUUCUGAGAUCAAGGCGGAGGUCGAGAAUGGGGGUUUUGAUGGAGGCAGGGGUGCCAGGGUUUCGGAGAAAGGGAGGAGUCCUAGGAUUUUGGGGCGUGGAGAAGGGGGCUUUGCAGGAGGGAGAUCAAAUUCUAGGGUUUUGGAGCGGAGUAAGGGUGCAGAGGUUAUAUUCGAUAGUGGGAGACCUGGAAAUAGUGAUGAGGGUUUGUUCUCAGAUUUUGAACAGUCAGGGCGUGAAGAAGGAGAGGAAGAGAAGGAUAUGGGGGCUAUGCCUGAAAGCCCUUCUACACCAGCUCCACCUCCUCCUAUAAUUGCUGGUAUCCCAAGCGAGAAGCAACCGGCUGCUAAUCCUGAGAAGGGGUCUUCUUCUCAAGCCGAGCAUAAGCGCAGGCGAGUUUCAGGCGAAGAAGAGGGCAGUGAUUCUCCUCUAAGGGACCAAUUACUCCAACUACUUGAGAGGAAUAGCAGAGUCUUAACAGCUCAGCUCGAAGCUCAGAAUUUGAACUGUCAGCUUGACCGAAACCAGAGAAAGGAUCAUGCUGAGAGCUUGGUUGGUGUCCUAAACAAACUUGCAGAUGCUCUUGGAAGAAUUGCAGACAAAUUGUAGGGAGAAAAGAGGCAAACUUCGUACUAGUUGUAGGAUAGAGAAAAGCAUGAAGAAUUCAUACAAGUUCUAGAGAAAGGAAGGCAUGAAAGUUGGAGAAAGCUAUUAUUAGAAUCAAUAACAAAACUGCUAGUUUUCUGCUCUUGCAGAAACAGGAAAGCUUGCAUAUAAAUUCAAACCAUCUACUGAAGAAACACACUUAAAACGUUGGAUGUCGCAGUGCUCAUUGGGCAGCCUGUGUUGGUUUCCUCGUGGGGUUUCUUCGUUGUCAUAUUUUUGGCCCAAUUUUUUUGGGAGCAUUGUAUAGUUUUACCUUUUUCACUGUUUCUAUUUUAUUUAAAAUUAUAUAGGCGAUCAGCCAUGAUAUUGGUGUAUAUUCAGGGUAUAGACUUAUACUUCAUAAUAUGAACUGUUGAAGAAGAAUUCGAUAGCCAUUUCGAAUGGGUUUGA